GAGAGGGGGAGAAAGUAGAUGAAGUAACAACAGAGCUAAGUAAAGGAAAAUGGGUCCCAUGGAAGGUUUAAGGGAAGAGAAGAGGAAUACAUGGUUGGGGAAGGACUCGAGGGAGAGAAGGAGAAAGGAAGAAACAAAUGAAGUGCAGGAGAAUAUUUGAGGUGGGGAGUGAUGUAAGGAGGCAAGGAAAUGGGAAAGGAGAGAGAAGAUGAUGGCAAGGGAAGGAAAGUAGGGGCAUGGGAAGGAAGCAGUUGGAGAAUAAAAGUGAAAGGGAGGUUUCCAAAAUCUCAGGAAGGACUGAGAAAAGAAAGUUGGGGAGAAGUGGUUAAGAAAGGACAGAUGGAGAGAAGGAGAAGGGGAAGAAAGUAAUUGGGAUAGGAGGAGUCAAGGAAAUGAUGAAGAGGAAGGGCGGGAGUUAAGAAAGAAGGAGGGAUAAGAGGAGGUUAAAUGUUAAGUAACGACUGAUGGAAAGAAGGAAUUAUUAAGGGGGGCCGAAAGAAGUUGGUUAAGGUAGAAAGUGUGAGGAGGCAAAGAAGGAAGGACACAAGGAUGCUGACUCACCGCGGGAGCGCCUGAACACAGGAGAAGAAGACGAAUACAAAGUUUAAGGGAGAAACAGAGGAAGAGAAGCAAAAGGGAGAGAGAGAAAUAGGGGAGAGAAAAAAGCUAUUAAGAAGAGCUGAGGGAUACUACGAGGGAGGAAGAAACAGCAGAAGAAGAAACAAGAGGAAGUUGGGUUGGCGGGGCGAGAGGAGGAAAGAGAAAGUGAUUUUGGGAAAAAUAAAGAGACUCUGUGGGAGACGAGUCAACAGAUCUGAGGUCAGGUGAGAGAGGGCGCAGGUAGAUUGGAGGUCGGAGGUCAAGCGGCGGUCAGACUGAAGGCUGACUGAGCUUCAGCUGUCCCCCCCCCCCCCACCCCACCCCCACAACCCUCCCUUCAGUGUCAGCACACUGGGAGAAGUGGGAGGACUGGAGACGAGGAGAAGCCACCAUGAGCGACCUGAACGUCAUCAAGGAAGGCUGGGUCCAGAAAAGAGGUGAGUACAUAAAGAACUGGCGACCGCGUUACUUCCUGCUGAAGUCAGACGGAUCCUUCAUCGGCUACAAGGACAAACCGCAGGACUCGGACCUGGCGUACCCCCUCAACAACUUCUCUGUAGCAAAAUGUCAGCUGAUGAAGACGGAGCGGCCCAAGCCGAACACCUUCAUCAUCCGCUGCCUGCAGUGGACCACCGUCAUCGAGAGGACCUUCCACGUGGACACUCCUGAUGAGAGGGACGAGUGGGCCGAGGCCAUCCAGACGGUCGCAGAGUCUCUGGCCAAGCAGGAGGAGGAGGGCAUCCUCUGCAGCCCCUCCUCCGCCAUCGAGAACGUCAACGAGGAGGAGAUGGACACCUCCAUCGGACACUACAAACGGAAGACAAUGAAUGACUUUGACUAUCUGAAGCUUCUGGGCAAAGGCACUUUUGGGAAAGUCAUUCUGGUGAGGGAGAAGGCGAGCGGCAUCUACUACGCCAUGAAGAUCCUCAAGAAGGAAGUCAUCAUAGCAAAGGAUGAAGUUGCUCACACACUCACAGAAAGUAGGGUAUUAAAAAACACUCGGCAUCCAUUCCUAACUUCUCUGAAGUACUCGUUCCAGACGAAGGAUCGGCUGUGCUUUGUAAUGGAGUACGUCAACGGAGGAGAGCUGUUUUUCCAUUUGUCAAGAGAAAGAGUUUUCUCGGAGGACCGCACCCGUUUCUACGGCGCUGAGAUCGUCUCUGCUCUAGAUUACCUUCAUUCUGCAAAGAUCGUCUAUCGGGAUCUGAAGCUGGAGAACCUCAUGUUGGACAAAGACGGCCACAUCAAGAUCACAGACUUCGGCCUGUGCAAAGAAGGCAUCACCGACACUGCCACCAUGAAGACCUUCUGUGGGACCCCAGAGUACCUGGCCCCUGAGGUGCUGGAGGACAACGACUACGGCCGGGCGGUGGACUGGUGGGGUCUGGGCGUGGUGACGUACGAGAUGAUGUGCGGCCGCCUGCCGUUCUACAACCAGGACCACGAGAAGCUGUUCGAGCUCAUCCUCAUGGAGGAGAUCAAGUUCCCCAGAACUCUGUCUGCAGACGCCAAGUCGCUGCUGUCAGGGCUGCUCAUCAAGGACCCCAACAAACGGCUGGGCGGCGGGCCGGAUGACGCGAAGGAGAUCAUGAGACACAGCUACUUCAAUGCAGUCGACUGGCAGGACGUCUACGACAAGAAGCUGGUCCCUCCUUUCCAGCCGCAGGUCAGCUCAGAGACGGACACACGCUACUUCGACGAGGAGUUCACAGCACAGACCAUCACCAUCACUCCGCCGGAGAAAUACGAUGAGGACGGGAUGGACGCGGCGGACAACGAGCGGAGGCCUCACUUCCCACAGUUCUCGUACUCAGCCAGCGGGCGGGAGUGAGCCCGUCCCCAUCCGUGGCCAUUUUUGAGGAAAACACGUAGCCAUUUUAGGAAAAAAAAAAUACCAGUCUCCCCUCUUUUUCUCCUGCUCUGCCUCCUCACAGACGGGGAGGAGUCUUUUUAGGGACUUUAAAAAGAGGUUUUUGCACAGUGGGAUAGACUCCAGCCGGUCUCCCCACACUAAAAAAAAUAAGUCUCCUACAUUUUCAGCGCUAUUUACUGCAGAAGGCAAUGUUUUUGUUAUUUAUUUUUUCUCUCCGUCAGUAUUAAGUUGUCGACCCGGGUCAUCUCUUUUUUUUUGUUGUUGGUUGUUCUGCCCUUAUUUUCUUAAAAUCUUCUUUUGACUUUUUUGCACUUGGUUUGGAAGAGCCGUUUUAGGGAACAAAAAACCAAAAAUGUUGCCUUACGUGUGCAGAUGUUUCGUAUCAUACCGACAGGGUGUUUUCUUUUGUUUUUCGG